ACGUGUCUCAGCAAUGGCGGUUCACAAAUAUCUAAAUUAUGUUAUAUUAUGGUUAAUAUCAUAGUGAAGACUAUAACUGUCACCACUCUGGAAUAUCAUAGUGUAUCUGAAUCAUAUUUAACAUACCGACAUUCUAGAGUUUAGGUAAACAGUGAUUUUAAAAUUGAAAAGACUUGGAGAAAUGGCAACUGGAGGUUCAUCUAUUUACAAGGGAUCUGACCUGAUUCAUGAAUACAGUUGUUCCAAGUGUGUGGAAAAUGACUUGAACUCUGAAGCAAAGCACUUCUGUCCACUGUGUGAUCACUAUCUAUGUAACAAGUGUGUGAAAUUACAUAAUGGAUAUCAUAACAAGCAUACUGUAUAUGGUCAUGGAGAUAUGCAGAAGUGGGCAGGGUUCUACAUGGACAGAUGUGACCAACAUGGCAACAAGCUGGAGGUCCAUUGUGAUGACCACCAGGAACUUUGCUGCAGUGUAUGUGUGGCCCUCACCCACAGACUGUGUAGCAGCAUCAGUCAUCUACCUGAUCUGGCCAGAGGCUUCCUGAACACAGCAGAGUUUAUGCAGCUGCCAGCAGCAGUGGAGAAGAUGAGAAACAGGUUUGAUGAGCUCAAAAAUGCCAUGUUAAAGGACCAAAUCUCACUGAAGGACUCAUACGAAAACAUCCUAUCUGAAAUCAAGGCUCUCCGUAACGAGAUGAACAUGAUGUUAGACAAGCUUGAGAAGAAAACAGUUGAUAAAUUGGAUAGUAUGAAGAAAGAUUUAGAGAAAUCUAUUGAGGCUGAUAUUGAAACAUGUGCUCAAAAGAACGAUCAACUCAAGAACAUGAUGGAAAAGCUCCAGCAAAUGGCUGGCAAACACAAGGAGACCAACUCUUACAUUGGGUUCAGAAAAUGUCAGACCAUGUUAAAUGAAGCCACGAGCAUCACGCUGGAAGUAAAGAAACGGCCAACAAAAAGGAUAGACUUCGUAUCUGAUAAAAGUGUAUUGCCAUUUCUCAGAGACCUUAACAGUCUUGGCAAUGUUGACAGUAUUAAUUCCAUGACAAAAAGAACAUAUAGUGAUCACGUGUACGAGACACAGGGCUCUACUUUUCAUUCUGUUAGAAUAAAGAAGGAUAUAUAUAAGUGCUAUAUUGUAAGUAUAUGUGAGUUUCCCAGUGGAGAGGUGGUUAUUGCUGAUCGUCGCAACAGCAGAGUGAAGCUCCUGAACAACCUCUACCAAGUCACGGAUUACUAUGAUCUACCUUAUUAUGUUCAAAACCUGUGUCUCACUGCAGGUGAUAACAUGGCUGUAGCUGUUGAUGACAGUCUUUCUUCACAUAUAACACAUGAGAUCCACUUUCUCUCAGUGACCAGAGGGAAACUUCAGGCAGUGAGAAAGUUCACCACAAACCAUAAUUGUCGCUGCAUUGCCCACCACCAGGGCCAACUAUAUGUUAGCUCCAACUGUGCCUUGUUCCAAUAUACCAUGGAUGGAACACCGGUAAAGAAAAUACUUGAACACAUUUCUAGAGGCUGGCCAGAGCACCGGUGUGCUGUCUCUACUGAUGGGUUGAGAAUUUACGAAACAUAUCUAUCUGAAAAGAAAUUAAUUACACUGGAUAAAGAUGGACAAGUUUUAUCCACAUUAGAAGAUCCCGAACUUCAAGAGCCAUGUGGACUAUUUGUCAGUCAAAGUGGUCAUGUUUUUUGUGUCUGGGAAGAAAUCUCACACAGUGUUACAAGUGGACAGGGGGGGUAGGCAGAAGCUGGUCACAGUGGCCAGAAAGACUGAUAGCUUGAAUAUGCCUGUGUCAGUGUGCUUCAGUGAACAAACCUCCAGUCUUAUUGUUGGAAAUCAUUCCAGUGACAAUAUCAUCGUUGUCAAACUGUGUUGAAUCCAGUUGUCCAUUUGAAUAUUUAUGUAUUGUUCAACGUCAAAGUACUAAGUGACAGGCCGGGUCGAUCUCGUAUGGAUGAAGGGAAAACGUGACACAAGCGUUGAAUGAAAAUAGGGCAGGAUGAAGGGAAAACGUGACACAAGCUUUGAAUGAAAAUGGGCAUUUAUUAAUGCCAUAAAAGUGUUUUUACGAAAUAUCGUAAAAUAAAACACAAGCGUCAAUAGCAUGUGUAUAAUAACAUUUCCCGAAAUACAUAUCUGGGUGGAAAAGCCGCCAAGAAAAUAGGGCAUUUAUUAAUGCCAUAAAAGUGUUUUUACGAAAUAUCGUAAAAUAAAACAUAAGUGUUAAUAGCAUGUGACUGACAAAACUGGUGACGAGAAACAAAAAACUAACCGUGAAUACAUAUAAUUAAGAAAAUUAAGAAUGAGUGUAAACACGACUUAGUGUACGGUUACAUUGUAUUGGAAUAACGGUACUCUUUAUGCUAGACGUAGAAUGUAUAUAUGAAAUACAACAGAUUAAUAAAUUAUUCGAAAUUUGUUGACACACAUUAACCGGUAUCGAUGACAACCAUACAUAUUUGUACGUACAAGCCUGAUUUUUGUAUUCCAUAGCCUAUCUUUCUGUUAAAAACUUAGUCCAAACUAGCAAAACAUUAUUGAAGUUAUUUGUAGAUAAUGAGUACAGUAGUAACGAGAAUUGCUUAUCAAAAUUCAUGGUAUCAUUGUAGUGUUGUGCAUAAGUCAUACGGUUGAUAGAUAUGUAUUUAAGUUAUAACUCAUAACCGAUAAAGACAAUUAUAUUAAAUUAUAUGAAUAUAGUUGUUAAAUCUGUGAAUAUAUAAAUAGAGUCAAUCAAUUUGUUCCGCCAUACAUGUAUAUAUAAGUCAUUGUAUUACAUUGAUUUGAUCACGGGUCAUGUUGGCCUAUUUCAAAUAUGUAUUGUGUGAUAUAUUUCUUUGAAUAAACUUUCUUCUUCUUUCUUCUAUGGUAAGAAAAUAUGAAGAAAAACAUUGGGUUAAACGAUGUGUUCACAAUUAAAUGUGACAUGAAAAACAGUUAGAUAAGCUCAUUUCUCGACCUUGUAAACUGACAGAUAUUUAAACGGAAUAUGGUGGGGAUGGUGGUGGUGUAUUAUAUGAAAACUAAAAUAAAAUGCCGAGGCUUUCGCCCACGCUAAAAAUAUAUCAGUAAUGGCUACAACGUAUCGCGAUUGGUUGUUCAGAACCUCAGAUAAAACUCAAAGGUGAUUGGCUGAGGCAAUAAUUUAUGCAGGAUGCUGACAUGGUUAAAUACCACUAAAUUAAUGUUUGAACAAUUCCAUAAAUACUUUUAUGUUUGCAUAAAAUUGCAUUUAUGUAUUGUUCAACGUCAAUGUACUAAGUGACAGGCCGGGUCGAACUCGUAUGGAUGAAGGGAAAACGUGACACAAGCUUUGAAUGAAAAUAGGGCAGGAUGAAGGGAAAACGAGACACAAGCUUAGAAUGAAAAUGGGCAUUUAUUAAUGCCAUAAAAGUGUUUUUUACGAAAUAUCGUAAAAUAAAACACAAGUGUCAAUAGCAUGUGUAUAAUAACAUUUCCCGAAUACAUAUCUGGGUGGAAAACCGCCCCAAGGAGAAUCCUCCGUAUAUAUAUGUCAAGUGGAAAUUUAAGCAAGGGCUGUGUUAGUCUCUUCAUGUCAUUAUAUACUUUUACAUACCAUUUCUUACAUUACUAACUAUUGUAUUUUGAAUAAUUGUUAAUAGAAAUAGAAAGUAUUUACUUGCAUACAAUGUAUAUACUGACUACUAUAAUGUGUGUUAUGUGUGUUAUGUAUUAUAUUAUAUAUUACAAAUCAGCAAUUAGUAUCAUAAGUCAUCAUUAAAUGACAAUUAAUGUUUAUAAUCAUGAAUAGAAAUUAUUUGUGUUUUUUGUGUUACAGAAGUUCUUAUUUAUAGAUAUACCUAGCGAUUAAAUGAAGAUAGAGUUCUGUUAAAAAUCGAUUAUAUAAGAUCGAGGUUGCCGAUAAUCAAUUGAAAAAUUGCAAAUUGGUAAUCAUCGUGUGGCUUCACUUUCUAAAAUGGAAUUGAACAAUAGAACAUUUGAAUUAAUGACCAAGACAUGUCAGGCAUUUAUAUAAAAGCCUAAAGCAUAAUACUAAAUAUAUCAAACAUUGUAUUCAUGUUUUACAUAAUAUGUACAGCAGUUAACAUGUUAAUACUGACUGUAAUUUGUUCAUAUCUUUUCGUUUGGGAACUUAUUAUGAUUUUUCCUUUUUGAUUACAUAAUCAAAAAAUAAUCAAAUUGACUUGUCCAAUUAAUUCUGAUGAUUAAUGUUUUUGACUGAUUUCAAUUCCUGUUUCCCACAAACGAUCUCUGUUCAAGCAAUUUCACGUUAAUAAUUACUUUUUUACGUGAAUUAUCAAUAUCCUAAAAGUAAUAGUGUUAUUAAUUUGUGUAUUAUAAUAUCAUGCUCUUCUCAUGUAUGUAAAUAAAUGUUACCGCCAGAAGUAAAGGCGAUGAACUUGAAUGUUUGUGCUAAUAAACUAUUGAAUUGAA